AUGCCUUCGCUCUACUUCGAGCCCAGCGUUGAUAUUCCUCUGGAGCCUUCACUGGUGACUGUUGUCUGCAACCGGAAGGACGUACCGCUAAACAAGGGCUGUAUCAGGGCAUAUCUCGAUGGAUUGGACAAGUGUGACGUCUUUGAUCGCAAACUAUUCCUCGCCGGCAUCAUCAUCACCACCCCCCGUCACAGGCAGACCAUUCCACCAGGUUGUCGAGAGUACUUGAAAGAGUUUGGUAAACAGUGGGCGAAUAUUAAAAUUGAAAAAGUAGGUGGUCCAGCGCUGGCUCCUGGUCCGUACCCGUACGCCAAUAAAGUGCUGCAAAGCGUCUGCCGCUUGUAUGAUGAUGAGCAGGGAGCAUUCCUAUCCACAAUCAAACCAAAUUUAGGACACUCUGCUUUGACAAAGGUUCAGCAGCUGCGAGUUGCCGGUGUCUCAUACGGCCGCCUUGCCAUUGCUGUUCCACCUCGAGCACCGACGUCCGCAACCAACUCGCUACCACAACUCCGCGUUGCUGUCAAUCCGGCGCCUUUUACAGCCCAAGUAGUUCAGGCGCUCGUAAAGGACGGGGCUCAUGUCUUGGCCUUCAACCCUCGCGGAGACGGAUAUCAGUCUCCUGCGGGUAGUAGCAGCGGAAGUGCUGCUGCCGUGGCGGCCUACGACUGGCUUGACUGCGCUCUUAGUACUGACACCAGCGGAAGCGGCCGCCGACCAGCAAUGGCGAAUGGUGUUUGGCAAUUCCGGCCCUCUCACGAUUCCAUUUCAUUGAGUGGUCUUUGCAACACGUAUGCCAAAUUCGACACACCCUGUGUUUUUGCUAGAAGCCUCGACAUCCUGGAACGCGUCAUUACAACUUGGAUACCACCUCCUCCCAUAGCGCCAUCUAAGUCACAAAGCAGAUCAUAUCGUCUCAUCUAUUCGGAGGAUUACAUGUCAGAGGCAAACACAGACCAGAUGAAAAUAAUUGACGCUUUUAUCAAGGACGCAGAGGAUAUGCUUCCAGCCACUGUUACCCAAUUCUCUAUCCGAAAUUCUUGGAAGCAGUCACAUCCUCCUGAUACUUGUGACGAUAUUGAAGAGUAUCUGGAUGAUGUUAUACGUCGGCCGCCAUUCGUGAUUCCUUUCGUUCAACGCAGGUGGGUUCAAGGCGCUACGGUGUCCACUGCCCAACACGAGGAGGGUACACGACGGCUACUCGUGUGCCGGACAUGGUUGCAUGAGCAGCUACUUGGAGACAACAACAUUGAGACGUUCAUGCUACUUCCUGUCGCCAACGCCAAGCCUGUCUAUCGUGAUGAGGUGUUACCCUCCCCCGAGAAGCAAUCCGCCUUGGAUCAACUCUUUAUUCCACCAAUCCUGGGCGCCCCCGAUAUUGUUAUCCCCAUUGGAGAAAUACCGUACCACUCAAAGAGAAGUCACCAGACCGAGUUUCUUCCCGUGGUUGCGAAUCUUGUUGGCGCGCCAAAGCGGGACUUUGAACUUUUGCGGGCCGUCGAAAUCAUCUUGGGCAAGUCCGGACGUGCCAAGGUAGUUGCAACCGGUUCAAGAAUAUUUUCGUAA